CACAUCCCCCAUAUUGAUAAAAUAGAUAAUUAUAUGAAUAUCACAAUUUUAUAUAAAGAUUCGUUCCUGAAAAGAUUUAGAAAAAAUAUGAGAAUUACUCGCUCACUAAAGAAAGACCCUAACGGAGAAACUAUCCAUUGUCUACAAGAGCAUAUAAAAUUCUUAAACCGAGAAAUUAAACGAUGUAAGAAAGAAUCGCAUAUCAAUCUUUUAAAUCAAGAAAUACUAAGAGCCAAAAAUCUUGAAGAGAAAUUAAGACUGAAAGAGAUUACAAUUGAAAAUGCUAAUCAAGAGUUAAACAAACUAAGACAAGAAAUAGCAUUACUUAAAGGAGUAAUUGAAGAAAAAAACAAAACUAUAAACACUUUACAAGAAGAAAACGAAUCCCUACGAAAUUCAAAUGAAGAACUUGCUGUCGAAGUUGAACAUUUUC